AUGUCGGCAACAAUCGUACCUCACAACAGGACAGUGGUCCUGUCAACAUAUCGCAACCUCUUGCGCGCAACUCGCAUCGCUUUCCAAGGCGACGACAGCACACUACAGAACUCCCGUAGAUUCGCACGAGACUCAUUCGACCAAAACCGCCGCUUCAAAGCCGGCAGCAUCGAGGCAGAGAAAGCCGUCGAACACGCACAAGGAGUGGCUCAGAUCCUCAGGGAAAAUGUAGUACAAGGAUCCACCGACAAGGAGGAAUCAGAGACUUACAAACUGAACAUCCACAAGCACACCGAGAAGGGCGACAACGAGUCCGUCAAGCAGUUCAGAGGAACCACAAAGUCUUUUGCAGAGGUCAAGCGCUGCUCUCUGAUUUGA